AUGGCACUUGUUGAUGAUCUAGUUUUAGAAGACGAAGAAACUACACCUUUAAUAAGACUUGUGAAACCUAAAAAGAAAACACUAAAUAAAAAUGCUGAUACGAAACACGAUGAUUAUGAACUGGUGAUUCCUAUGAAAUCUAAAGAGAAGAUAAAAGGUGUGAAGGAUAUUGAUUGUAUGAAUUUCGCACAAUAUGCAACAAAUUGUACUACAGGAGCUGCUUUGAUAUACAACUCUGCAAGAGUAACACCACCGUUGCCGUAUAAAAUUCAAGAUUGGUGCAAAUCCAUCCGGCACCUAACCAAUUGUGCUAUAGAAUGGAACACGGAUUGCAAUGAGAGCACUGACAAUUUCUUCAACGAAGAUAGCAUAAAAGGCCACAUGCACGUUUUGGACUACAUCUGUGAUGAUGAGUGGUUUCUUACUCGCUAUCGGGAUAUGGCUAUUUGCAUAGAAGCGGCUUCAGACCAAUGGCAAGAAUGUUAUGCGGCGUUCAAAGUGAUAGUGGAGGAACAGAAGAAUAUAACUCGAGAGUGGACACAUUUCGAAACACACUUUUAUCUUUGCUGUGCCCAAGCGCAGUUUCGGCGGUGCACGCUGGAUUUCAUCUUCAACAUGCCUACUUCUUGUCCGUACGAUCAAGCAGUCACGUUGCAGAAAUUUUCCGUCAUUGUAUCAGAAGGCGAUGUGUUUCAGGAAUGCGACGGGAACGUAAUGUACUCCAACUGCCCCAAUGGUGACCCCACGCCGAACCAGGACCAGCUGAUGAAGGCCCUGAUGGAUGGAGGGGAGUCUCGGACAGUCAAAACUAACUCAGGAACAAAAGCAUGGGAUGUGAUAUAUUUGAUGAGUGCUCUCCAGUUAUUUUUAAUAAACUUUUGUCUUUGA